CGACGAUUAAUUUAAACUCGAAGAUUUCUCUUUGACAUUCUAGUUCUCUAACGAACAUUAUUAAAUCAAAUAUUUUCUGUUGAUUAAAUACUCGUGUUUCUGUCGUUUCCUACCUACCUUCAAUGUUUAUUUUAUUAAUUAAUAACUAGCUAGAACUGUGACUUCACUUUCGUAGCAAAAAAAAUUGUUCGUUUAUUGUACUAACUUUUUCUUUUCAUGAUGUUAUUAGAUCAUUUCCUUAACUAUCAUUGCACGUGGUUUGAAAGGAUAUCAAUGUUGGUGAUCCUGCUGAACUGCGUCACGUUAGGCAUGUACCAGCCAUGCGUCGACGACCAGUGUGUAACAAAUAGAUGCAAAAUACUACAGGUUUUCGACGACAUAAUAUUUGCGUUUUUCACGUUGGAAAUGUCAAUCAAAAUGGUGGCGAUGGGCGUUUAUGGUCACGGGACAUAUUUAGCGGAUUCAUGGAACAGGCUGGAUUUUUUCAUUGUUAUGGCUGGCGCACUGGAAUAUGCUUUAAACGUGGAAAACAUAAAUCUAUCAGCAAUCAGGACGAUUCGAGUGCUAAGACCAUUGCGAGCCAUCAACAGGAUACCAAGUAUGCGUAUCUUGGUGAUGCUUCUAUUGGACACGUUACCCAUGUUAGGAAACGUUUUGCUGUUAUGUUUCUUCGUAUUCUUCAUAUUCGGUAUCGUGGGCGUACAACUAUGGGAAGGAAUUCUGAGACAACGAUGCGAAUUCGUCCCUCCACCAAAUGUAAUACGACCCAAUAUAUCAUUCUACUACGAGUUCUCAAAGGAGUUGGACUACAUUUGCACGACACCCGAAGACAAUGGCAUGCACACAUGCGGCAACUUCCCUCCAUAUAGAUACGGAGCUCUUGUGUGCAACGAGACUGCCAAGCCUUUCUCGUACAAUCGACCCACAAAUACGUCUUGUGUCAAUUGGAAUCAGUAUUACACUAACUGUACUCAAAGAGGAAAUAACCCCUUUCAGGGGACAAUUUCGUUCGACAACAUUGGUCUCGCCUGGGUCGCCAUUUUCUUGGUGAUUUCACUUGAGGGUUGGACGGACAUUAUGUAUUAUGUGCAAGACGCACAUAGUUUCUGGGAUUGGAUUUACUUCGUGUUGCUAAUUGUGAUCGGAUCGUUUUUCAUGAUCAACCUCUGCCUAGUCGUAAUAGCGACACAGUUCAGUGAGACGAAAAAACGCGAGAUGGAACGAAUGAGGGCCGAACGUGCCCGAUUCACGUCAACAUCAACGCUUGCGUCAUCAACGAACAACAGCGAGCCUGCUACAUGUUACGCUGAAAUUGUCAAAUACGUUGCACAUUUGUGGAGGCGAUUUAAAAGAAGAAUGGCAAAGAAGAUCAGGGUGUAUCGAUAUCAACGUGCUCAAUUGCGAUGGCGGACCAGCAGAGAAACGCUUCAGUUACCUGCGAAUAAACCAAAGCAGCAUCAUCCUUGCUGUCCACGAGUACAUCCUCAGGGUAAUGGGGGUAAGAGCGUGAGUGAGGAAGGUAGCGGCGGCACGGGGCCCGAGGAGCCUCUCAGCCGACCGAGCCUGUUGCGCGUGCCCUCAUUGUCAGCCGCCGACCUUGAGAAUGCAUCAAACCUGUCACUUCUGUCUCCACCAUCCCUGGCUCGUCGAAGGUCAUCAGUGAUGUUCAGCGACACUGUGUUACUUCAUACACCGACCGCCCCGCACGGAGCACAUCCACACAACGUUUGCUCGUCUGAAAAAAUGACCCAAACAGAAUUCGACCUGCCGACAGGCGACACGGCGGAGGAUCGCGCGGCUGCGGGCGGCACCAUGUCCUGUCAGGAACUACUGGCACUGUCCGGCGCCCUCUCUGCCGCCCUGCCUACUGGACAAGUGGCUCUGGAUUCCUUCUUUGAAGAACUCACUAAAGGUAUCAGCAAGAGAGCCGGUGAAGAGAAAAUUGAUACAAGGAUCGUGGAAAUAGACGACUUCUCGUGCUGCGCGGAACUGUUGGCGGCCGAGGCAGCUGCCAAGGAAACCCGCAAGAGUCGCAUCAGUAACAUAUGCUCCAAAUUCUGGAACAGAAUAUCUAAAGCGUUGUCUAUACUGAGAAAGAAGAUCAAAUUCAUUGCCGACCACAAAUACUUUCAACAGGGUAUAUUGUUGGCGAUCCUGAUCAAUACGCUAUCAAUGGGUAUUGAGUAUCACAAUCAACCGGAGGAGCUCACAGUGAUCGUAGAGAUCAGUAACAUUGUAUUCUCCGCAAUAUUCGCUGUGGAGAUGCUUCUAAAGAUUAUAGCUGAAGGUCCAUUCAAGUAUAUAUCCAACGGAUUCAACGUAUUCGACGGCAUUAUUGUUAUACUCAGUGCAUUUGAACUGGCACAUAGCGUUGGGCAAGAAAAAGACAUGGCUGGUAAUUCAGGACUUUCUGUCCUCCGUACAUUUCGUCUGUUGCGCAUACUAAAGCUAGUCCGGUUCAUGCCCAACCUGCGCCGGCAACUGUUCGUCAUGCUCCGCACCAUGGACAACGUCGCCGUCUUCUUCUCGCUACUAGUACUAUUUAUCUUCAUAUUCAGCAUCCUCGGUAUGAACCUCUUCGGGUGCAAAUUCUGCGAGAAAGACAAGCAUGGCGAUCAAGUGUGCGACAGAAAAAACUUUGAUACGCUCUUGUGGGCCUUUGUCACGGUGUUUCAGGUUUUAACACAGGAAGACUGGAAUGUCGUAUUAUUUAAUGGCAUGGAAAAGACGAGUCAUUGGGCAGCUUUAUAUUUUGUUGCCCUCAUGACAUUUGGAAACUAUGUGCUGUUUAACUUGUUAGUUGCUAUACUCGUCGAGGGGUUCAGCUCAGAGCGAAAUGAGAGAAGGGAACGCGAACAACGGGAGCUGGCAAAAUCAAAAUUGUCAAGCGAAUGUUUCUCAGACAAUAACGAUUUGCACUACGACGACUCGAAUUCGGGAUCGCAUUCCAGUGAAAGCUUUUCGCAGAAUGAAAUUAAGAACUAUUGGAGGUCAGCUGAUGAUGUACGAAAGGCCAAAGACGAUGUCAAUGGACACAAAGAAAAGGCAAUGAAAUCACGUCGUAAAACAAAGUCGUCCCACCAUCCGACACUUUGCAAGGACUGCGCCCAGUCCAAUAAGUGUAAUCUACAAAAGGAGUCAAAAAUGUUAGCAAGCAAUGCUGGCAUAACAGAAUCAUCAGCACUGCCGAUGAUUACACACACAGCUGCUACGCCACAAGAUUCGCCGUCUACUACGCUGGAACCUGGAGCUUCAUUCAGGGAUUUUAAUGUCGCUCUAAGUCUAGAAAGGUCUGCUAUGCUAUCCAGUUUGGACUCAAUAGACCGCACUUCAUGUACCAGCAUACCAGGGCUGCUGAAACCACCCAACAGUUACACAUUGACCCUGCACUCAGCUCAAGCUCAGCUUGGUGCAGAAAAGGCCCGCUUACCCCCACUGACGUUGGCCCCUCCCCCUCUCACUCUCGCUCCUCCUCCUCUAAGAUCAUCAUCACCUGCGCCGACGACCCCAAGUACGCCGAGGUCAAUGCCGUCUCCACUGUUACCAGAGAAAAACCUACAAAUUACAAUAGCAAAAGAUGAAAACUGUUUGAACACAAAUGAUAAAUCUAGUCUUCUGAGUUCACAAAAGAAUGUAAGUGUAGUUAGUAUGGCAAAUGGUGAAGACAAAUGUAGGGUUCAACGAGGCUAUAGCUGGCGGCUAUCAAGAUCAAGUCUAAGGAAAAAGCCGAAACAGAGGACAGGAUCUGAUUCCGAUGCUAUUAUCCUUAAUAACGGCAGGGAUCACGCAGUCUGCAACGGUUCGAACAUCCGCAAGAACGAGCUACUACUAUCGUCGUCAAUGGUGAUAAAGAACGACACUCAGUCAGAGCUGCCGAACAACAGGACGCGAACACCACUACAAGGACCACGGGUUCUGCCACAGCCUAUUCGACGAGUAUCUGCACAUAAUACACCUUUACUACCUGACGUUUCAUGGAAAGCUCCAGAAGCGGGGUUCUCAUCUGAUUCGACAGUUCGGCUAGACUCGGUGAAGGCUCCGCCGCACAGACUAUCACUCACUAAUGACUACUUGACAGGCAAGUUACGAGUGUCUGACUACGACUCAUUGGUAACAGUGACAUCGGUAUCAGAAGUGAAGGCGAGCAAUUUGGGACCCUCUUCACCCGUUGUACCGGUUACGCCAAGACCGGUGAGGGAACUACCAGCGUCCUCAAUACCAACACGGAUUAAUGUCCAGCCACUGCCUCUAAUGAAGCAGAUCAAUGAGGAAGUACGUAGCAGUAAAUUUAAGGUAGCCAUAAACAACGUGUGUAUGUUGUCAUCAAGGUUCGACAGACGACGGUACAGAUUCAAAGACCUUUUUCGCUUUAUGGAGCCGACGGGCUGUCUCAAAGAAAAAGAAUUUUACUCCCUGUACAUUUUUUCGCCCGAAAACAAAAUGCGCAGAUUCUGUACAUGGGUAGUAACGCGAGGUUGGUUUGACAACAUAGUGUUAUUGUUCAUUGCCCUGAACUGCAUCACGUUAGCAAUGGAGCGACCCAACAUUCCACCAGACUCUAAGGAGCGAGCGUUCCUAUCUAGUGCCAACUACGUAUUCACGGGAGUUUUCGCCGUAGAAAUGUUUAUCAAGGUAGUGGCAUCAGGAAUGUUUUACGGUCCGGACGCGUAUUUCACGUCUGGUUGGAACAUUAUGGAUGGAUCACUGGUCAUCAUAUCUAUCAUUGACUUGCUAAUGUCACUAGUAUCAGAAUCUAGUCCUCGAAUAUUUGGAAUUCUCAGGGUAUUUAGAUUACUAAGAUCACUAAGGCCACUCCGAGUUAUAAACAGAGCGCCAGGAUUGAAGUUAGUUGUACAAACACUUCUGUCUUCAUUGAGACCUAUCGGAAACAUUGUGCUCAUUUGUUGCACAUUCUUCAUAAUAUUUGGCAUUUUGGGAGUACAGCUUUUCAAAGGAGCAUUUUUCUACUGCGAGGGUGCGAACAUAAAGAAUGUAAAAAACAAGUCCGAUUGUUUGGCAAUAGAAGGCAAUGUUUGGGUGAACAGGAAAUACAACUUCGACGAUUUGGGCAAAGCGCUGAUGUCAUUGUUUGUACUGAGCUCUAGAGACGGAUGGGUGAACAUAAUGUACACCGGGCUUGACGCGGUUGGGGUUGAUCAACAGCCAAUAGUAAACUAUUCAGAAUGGCGGCUCCUAUACUUCAUUGCGUUCAUACUGUUAGUUGGAUUCUUCGUGCUGAACAUGUUCGUCGGAGUUGUAGUAGAGAAUUUCCAUAGAUGUCGCGAGGAACAAGAAAAGGAAGAGAGGGUUAGAAGAGCCGCCAAAAGAGCACUACAGAUGGAGAAAAAACGAAGAAAGAUGCACAUGCGACCAUAUUAUGCAGACUAUUCACAAACCCGAUUAUUCGUCCACAACGUAGUAACAUCUAAAUAUUUCGACCUGGCCAUAGCCGGUGUCAUCGGCUUAAAUGUCGUUACAAUGGCAAUAGAAUACUACAGAAUGCCGCCAGCUCUGCAAUAUGCACUUAAAAUAUUUAAUUACUUCUUCACUGCUGUGUUUAUUUUAGAAGCAAUUAUGAAACUUGUGGCUUUAGGUUUCAAAAUAUAUUUAAAAGACAAAUGGAAUCAACUAGACGUAAUCAUCGUCAUCCUAUCUAUAGUGGGUAUAGUUUUAGAAGAAUUAGAAACUAAUAUAAUUCCAAUAAAUCCGACUAUAAUGAGAGUAAUGAGGGUGUUGAGGAUAGCCAGGGUACUUAAGUUACUUAAGAUGGCGAAGGGGAUAAGAGCAUUGUUGGACACUGUGAUGCAGGCCUUACCGCAAGUUGGUAACUUGGGGCUUCUAUUCUUUCUUCUAUUUUUCAUAUUCGCUGCGCUUGGUGUUGAGCUCUUCGGAAGGUUGGAAUGUUCUGAUGAAAUUCCUUGUCAAGGGCUAGGAGAACAUGCCCACUUCGCCAACUUUGGCAUGGCCUUCCUAACAUUGUUCCGCGUGGCAACCGGAGACAACUGGAACGGUAUCAUGAAGGACACUUUAAGAGAAGAUUGCGAUAGUUCUGUCGACUGCGUCAGAAACUGUUGUGUGUCUACAAUCAUAGCACCAAUCUUCUUCGUGGUAUUCGUGCUAAUGGCACAGUUUGUACUCGUCAAUGUAGUUGUCGCUGUAUUGAUGAAACACCUAGAAGAAUCUCAUAAACAGAUGGAAGAUGAAAAUGACAUGGACGUAGAACUCGAGCGGGAGUUAGAACGGGAGGCAGAUGAUGAGGAAGACAGAGCUCUCUGCCGCGCUCUAGAACAAUGUAUGAGCCCACCACGGCCCCUAAACAAGGUACCAUCUCUCCCAGCAAACUUCACGUACAGCGAGCCCAAGCAACCAGCACCGUCCCCCGCACGUCGCCGGCGCACGCUGCACUCGCACACUGCUUUGUUACCGAUGGCACUACCACCGAGACGAGCGUCCUUAUCCCCUCACGCCUUCGGGCGACGCCGACAGGACUCGAGUUCCGAGCCACCCGCUGCGCUCUAUGAAGAAGAUGCUCGAUUCAUCGACGCAGACGAUGCCGACCAGUUAGAGCCCGGCAGCCCACCCCGGCGGGACUCCUUUGCUCAGAACAGGAGACAGCGUGUAGACAAAAGAAACUCCCUGCGUGGCGAAGAAACACGCUUGCUACGACCAGUAUUACUUGCCGUGCCAUCUACAAGGCAGAGUCUAAGACUGAGCGGGCCCAAAAGGAGAUUAUCUACUGAAUCAGCCGCAACGGAUGCCAGCAAUACGUCACGCUCCCAACAUCAACUUACGCCAGAGUCGGCUGACCAACCAAUCAGUGAGGAGGAGAAGAUAAGAAUAGUGAUAGCCGAGAGGCGAAAGAUGGACGCGACGAGACCAGAACCGGAUGAAGACGUGGAACUAGCAGAGCGAGGCUCCUAGUCCAGGCGGGGCCGGCCGCAGCAACACCAUGAAGUCUACAUCUAGAUAUCCUGUGUCUCUUCCUCGACUUCCUCUCGUCUAUAAGUGUUGAAUGCUCAAGGACAGUGAAUGCUUGAACUCGGUUGCACCAACAGUGUUUACAGUGACAAUUUUAUGAACUAAUCUUGACUUUGGUGCGUUUCAGUGUUGUGUUGCGUUGUCGAUAUUAACGAAAGAUGGAUAUUGCCUGUUCAGAACAGAACUUCUCCUACGUUUUCUUUCCCACAUCCGACCUAACCCUCACUUCACCAUUUGCGGCCGGUUCAAUUACUUCAUAAAGAGACUUUAAUAAAUUUAGUGUAAGGUGUAUAAAAGAUGUAGAUAGGAGUUAGAACUAGUCAAUUUGUUGUGGUGGGAUGUUUUCUACGAGAGCUAAAAUUUAAUUUGUAAUUUUAUUAUUAGUACGGUGCUUGCUGUUAAAGGUUAAUUCGUUAUUAUUAUUAAAUUCUAUAAGAUUUUCCAAAAUAAACCUCAACGAAAUAUUGGUUCGUAGACAAAUAGUUUCAGUUUAUCAUGAAGCCACAAACUUGUUUAAAGUUUUGUGUGCAAUUAAAUAUUAGACUUUACUUAAGAACGGGUUUCAAAUCAUUGAAUUUUUAGUGUUAUGACAAUUUAUGUAUUCAACGAUUUAAAAGCCUAUAAUAUUAUAAUUUCGAUGUGGGUACUUAGUCAUGAUUACUUCUAAAGUAUCUGUUAGCUAACGACUGUGUAGUCUUCUAGAGUAUUGUUACUAGCUAGAUCUUUGUCAAUCUAAUGUCUAAAGUGGAACCAAAAGUUGGUGAAUUGAAUGUAAUUCUCUUUAAAGAUGAAAGAUAAUAUUUUCUGAAUAUAAAUGAAUCCUAUUUUCUUACAGAGUCAUGUACGUAACUUAGACGUGUAACUGGCAAUACGCACAUAACAGUAGAGUCGACAUUAGGUAGAACAAAGUAGUAUGUGAGUAACGACAUUGAAAACUGAUCUGUUAACAUAAGCUAUGAACUACGAUAGUUUCAACUUAGAUCGUAUUAUUUAUUGAUAUUUUAAAUUUUAGUGCGAUGUAUCACUAGCCGUGCCAAAUCUACAAGACCUUUUAAAUUAAGCGAACAUUUUGUAAGAGUAUUUUAAUUGAGCAGUUGAUACCUGGAUGCUUGUCUUUCAAAACUUUUCCGCUUGUUUUAAUUACUUACUGUCUACUUUAGAAAACGCCGCAGAGCAAGACAAAGUAAGUUAAAGAACCGAAAAUAUCAAAGAAAGUUUAAUUUAAAGCACGAACUGCUGUUUAUUUUGAAACAUGUCUAUGUGGUUCUAGUUACUGUAAAACGUCGUACCUAGUUAGGGAAGUCAGCAAUAAAUUUUAUACUUCGACUGUGCCUUUCCUAUUUCUAUAAUGUAUUAGCUUGUGAAGUUAAAUGUGGGUAGUCUCUGAGAUUUAAUGUGUAUACUGUAGGAGUUGGAGUGUAGAUACAUUAAAUUAUGAUUCUUGUUGAGUCUUUAUUAAGUUUUCGUUAUAUGUCAUGUGAAGAGUUUUGUAAAUGUAAGACGUUCCCGAACAAAAUAAUGUUAACUUUAUGUCAUUCCGAAAACUAAAAACUAUUCUAUUUUGUACCUAUGAGAGCAGUACAACAAAUACUUUAUUGUGUAGCAUUUAGCUUAACGUUUUGUUGUGCCAUUUAUUCCCUGAAAAUAUCAAAACAUGUCCUUAUUAACAAUAUCUUUAAUAAUUACUUGAUUGCUUCUCUUUCCACAAGACGCUAUCUCUCAAUUACAUAAUGUCUUCCAUCUUUACUCAAUCUAUACCGGUAACUUACAAUGGUAUCGAUCGAACUUUUAUUCCUAGCUACAAUAGAGUUCUUGUAUAAAUAGACAUCGAGUGAUUUCAUGUUUAAUAUUAUUUAUAUUUUCAUGUUUAUGUAAAAGAAUUGAUUAAAAGGAAUUUAGUAAAGUUAAGAAUAGUAUUUUCGUGAUAAAAGUAAAUUUCGUGAUAAUGAUGAAUAAUUGUUUUUCGGUACUGAUCGUAUAAUAAUUUAAGUGGUAUGAACAAUGUUCAUAGUUGAGUACACCUGUUAUCUUAGCUGGUGAUCUGUCGAGUUAAGAAAGUUACGACAAUGUUAG